AUGCCCCGCUUCUUCUCCAUGCCUGUCUUCACAUCCCAGCUCCUCCUGCUCAUCGCCCCACCGGCAGCUCUAUGUCAUCCCCUGUCCGUCUCCACCUCUCAAGGCAUCUACCACCCCAACACCAGCAUCCCCGGCGUUGAGCAAUUCCUCGGCAUCCCCUACGCGGAGCCGCCGGUGGGCGCGCUGCGCUUCGCCGCCCCGGUGCCGUACACGUCGGGAAACGCAUCGCAGCAUGUCGACGCGACGCGCUACGGGCCAGCGUGCCUGCAGGACCGCGCGUUCGAGGAAGACAACGGGCUGAGCGAGGACUGCCUCACGCUGAACAUCUUCCGGCCGGCGACGGCCGUCCUCACGACGACCACAAACGGCUCCACCCUUUACAACGACGACAACAACAGCAACCCCCCCUCGUACGGCGGCCCCUCCACCCCCCUCCUCCCCGUCCUCGUCUACAUCUACGGCGGCGCCAACAUCGGCGGCCAAUCCCGCCUCUACCACGCCCCCAACCUCGUCCUCCACUCGCUCAACCACCUCCCCCCUCCGCCCCCCAACCACACGACGACAACGCCAUCCAAACCCCUCCUCACCGUCACCCUCAACUACCGCACCGGCGGCCUCGGCUUCCUGUACAACACGCCCUUCGCGCGGCGGGGGCUGCUCAACACGGGGCUCAAGGACCAGCGCGCCGCGCUCGAAUGGGUGCGCGACAACGUCCGCGCGUUUGGCGGGGACCCGCGCCGCGUGACGGUGUUUGGGCAGAGCGCGGGGAGCUUCGAUGUGUGGAUGCAGGCGCGGUUUGAGGGGCGCCGCCGUGCAGGGUCGGAGGAGGAGGGAGAGGAGGAGGAGGAGUUGUUUCGCGGCGCGAUCAUGGAGAGUGGGGGGCCCGGGAGUUUGGCGCUGAGGGGGGAGAGGCCGGAGAAUGGGGAUGGGUUUUUGGCGGGGACGUUGGCGGCGUUGGGGUGUCCGAGGGGGGAGGAAUGGGAGGGGGCGUUGGAGUGUUUGAGGGGGGUGGGGGUCGCGGAGUUGAUGAGGGUUUGGUAUGAUCCUGGGAGUGCGUGGUAUAAUACGUUGGAUGAGUUUGCGCAGUUGCCGGUGGGGUUUGGGGUGGAUGGGGGGGAGUGGGUUGGUGGGGAGGAUUAUUGGAAUGAGAGCGUUGCGCAGAUUCCGAUGAUCAUCGGCACCACCUUGAACGAGGGCAGCUUGUACGGCCGCGUGCCCACCGGCUUAGCGACCAACGAGACCUAUCUGAACCAAGUCGUCGCGAAAAAUCUCCACACCACCGACCUCGCCCUCGCCCGCCCCGUCGUCGCCACCUACUACAACCACACAGCCGCCCAAAACGGGCGCGGCUACGACGCCGACCCCACCGCUCCCGACAGCUACUACAUCGGCGAAGCACUCCUCGGCGACGCCAUGCAAGACAUCCCGCGCCGCAUCAACCUCGCGCGCCACGCUUCCGGCGCCGAUGCAUCCAAUCCUGCCACCACCGACGCCCAACACGCGGGUCCCGCCAGCGCGAAGACGUGGGGCUACCGCUGGGCGCAGAAGCCGCCGCUGAGUCUGUUCGACGAGAGCUUCUACGGCUUCCCGCCGGAUGUGCCCGAGGCGAAUAAGAUACGGGCGGGGGUGCUGCACGCCUCGGAGCUGGGGAGCGUGUUUGGAGAUGUGUAUGGGUGGCCGGAUGCUGGGGAGAGGGAUUGGAGGGUGGCGAAUUUGGUGCAGGGGAUGUGGAUAUCGUUCGCGUACGACCUCGAUCCGAAUAACCACGGCAUCCCGAACGUUCCGCACUGGGACAACUACGACCCACUGUCCGCCGCCAUCUUCAGGUUUGAAGACCAGGGCGACACGAGACCAGGCAUGGUUCCCGACGAUAUGCGCUUGGGCAGUUAUCUCCCAACCGAUCCCUUGUUUGGGAUACCAUUUCUUGCGUCAUCCGCUUUCGUCGAGAAGGUUGUUCCGUUCAGUGCUUGA